AUGGAGACGUCCCCUUCCAUGAGCACGCCGGUGGUGUCCGGCGACGAGGCGGAGGACCGGCGGCCCCUCCUCCUGCCCAGACCCCCGCCCCCCCCCGGCUGUCCCCCCCAGUGCGGACUCCACCCCGCGGUGCACCACCAGGCGGGCCGGGGGGAUCCGGGGGUCUGGACGGACCGGCCGCAGGCCAUGGCUACGGUGCCCGUGUACAACGGCCACCUCUACGUCUCCGCCUCCCCUUCCCGCUCCUCCCCCUCCCCCUCCUCGACCUUUCCCCUCUGGAGGCGGGACAAAGGGGGCAAGGGAAAAGACGGCCGCGGCGACCGGAAGGGCCCGAAGAAGCAGCCGCCCGCGCGGCAGAACGCCGGUCACAAGGAGAAGAACAGAGCCAAGAAGCCGGAGGGUCCCCGGCCGCACCAGGAGAAGACCCCCGCACCCCCAUCCCCCGCCUCCUCUUACAGGGGCGGCCCGGGGACCCCCCACCGCGGGUCCCCUUACCGGGUGACCUGCCGCUCCCACCUGGAGGCCAGGGAGACCGCCGUGGGCUGGGGCGCCGCGGGGGAACGCCGCCACGACCCCACACCGGACGUCGCCGUGGAGAUGCGCGACCGCCGCACGGUCCCGGAGAUCAUCAUCACGGCCAGAGACGACGUGGACGAGGAGCCGGAGGAGUCCCGGAUCUACACGGUGGAGGGGGGGGACCAGCGUGGCCCGCUGCCCGGGGCGGAGGGCCCCGGCCCCAGCCCGGCCCCCGCCCCGGGGCCCCAGGAGUCCAAACCGGACAUGAAGGACGACCAGUACUGGAAGACCCACAGCAUCGGCUGGAGGCUGGUGCGGCGCAGGGCUCUGUUCGAGAGGAGGCAGCGGCUCAACGACUGUGCCCUGGCCGUGGGGAUCUUCGGGGUGGUCGUCAUGGUGAUGGAGACGGAGCUUUCCUGGGGUGUCUACAGUAAGAGUUCCAUCUACUCCAUAGUGCUGAAGUCGGUGAUCAGUGUGUCCACCGUGCUCCUGGUGGGCCUGAUCGUGGCCUAUCACUGCUGUGAGGUGCAGCUCUACAUGCACGACAACGGCGCAGAGGACUGGCGCAUCGCCAUGACGAUGGAGCGGGUCACCCUGAUUGCGCUGGAGCUCGUGGCGGUGGCCGUCCACCCGUACCCCAUGGGCGUGCUGGCCUACGUCCAGAAGGUCCCGCCCAGCUCGGAGACGGAGCUGGAGAUCAUGCUGGCUCUGCCCAUGUUCCUCCGACUCUACCUGCUGGGCCGGGCCAUGAUGCUGCACAGCCGGCUCUUCACAGACACCGCCUCGCGCAGCAUCGGCGCUCUGAACAAGAUCCACUUCAACACCCGCUUUGUGGGCAAGACGCUGAUGACCACCUACCCGGGCACUGUGCUCAUGAUCUUCAGCGUGUCCCUGUGGAUCGUGGCGGCGUGGGGUUUGCAUGUUUGUGAAAGGCACCACAACUACAGGGACCUCAGCAGCAACUACAUGGAGGCCCUGUGGAUGGUCUCUGUGACCUUCCUGUCCAUUGGCUACGGGGACGUGGUGCCCCACACCUACUGCGGUCGCAGCAUCUGUCUGCUCACAGGGAUCAUGGGGGCUGGCUGCACAGUGUUGGUGGUUGCCGUGGUUGCCAGGAAGCUGGAGCUUACCCGAGCAGAAAAACACGUCCACAAUUUUAUGAUGGAUUCCCACAUUUCCAAAGAGAUCAAAUCUGCAGCGGCAAACGUGUUGAGGGAGACUUGGCUCAUCUACAAACACACAAAGAUGUCGAGGGAGAGGGACCACACCAGGGUCCGCAUGCACCAGAGGAAGCUGCUGCUGGCCAUCCACCAUCUGCGCAGCGUGAAAAUGGAGAAGAGAAAGCUGGCCGACCAAGCUAACUCACUUGUGGACCUCAGCAAGAUGCAGAGCCUGAUGUACGACGUGCUGUCGGAGGUGCAGGGCUGCCGGGGAGAGCUGGACACGCACGUCAACAGCCUGGAGAAGCACGUGGAGGAGCUGAGAGAGGGCUUCCGGAGCCUCAUGCCCCUCCUCUCCAACACGCUGUCCACACAAAACUCCUCCAUCCGCCACCUGCUGUGGGAGAGGGAGACCCAGGCGGAGAACGCCGCCACCGCCGCCACCACAAGCAGGGGCGACGGAGCGCAAUAG